CGACAACGUCGUCAUUUUCAUCGACGGCUGUUCACUCAAUUGAUUCCCGCAAACAACAUCCCAUCUUCUCCUAUGUAGGCCUCGAGCCUUUGACUGGCAACCGAGGGCAAACUCGCCAACUGUUUACGACUACGCAGCAGAAUUCAUUCAACAACGCGUCUCAUCAACUGAGACGCAGACGCGCGAAAGUCAUUGACUUACAGCCUCGAAACACACCCAACAAUCCAUCUCAUCUUAACCAUGUCGAACGGCAACUCCUCGGACAACGUCUUCGUCCGCUUUAAACAGAAAGUCGACGACCACGUUGCGUCGGCUUUCCAGCGGUUCCUGGGCAUUCCGUCGGCCGUAUCACGUCUCAACAGCUCAUGGCCGGAACCGCCUAUGCCAUCCCGUGAAAAAGAGCUUGAGGACACAAGGCCGCUCACCGACGACAACACCAGCUUACAGCCCCGUGUGUCAUCCACGCAGCACCCGCACCCCACCGUCUUUGACCUCUUCGGCCCCAUGUCGUCCAUCUCAGCCCUCUUCAAGGCCGAAGAGGUCACCGAGUCUCUGUACCAGCUCAUGUGCUUCUCAUUCAUCAUCGACUCGCCUUAUUCACCAUUACGACUCCAUGAUAUACCGCAGCCUGUACCUCGGGACCUUCCUAAAGGCGAGGACCCGACCUUAUUCGGAUUCGAGGAUGCGUUUGAGGAUCUGCUCAUGGUGAGCAGUGGUCAGGGUCUGCCGGACAUUCACGAACGUGUCCGCUUCAAAAAGGAAGUUCGCGACUCGUUUCCUCAUGGCCUGCCUCCGAUGCUUUGGCUUCACCAGCUCACUCGCCAAGGUCUGUGGGAUGGAUGGGAACCAAGGCCGGAGGUGUUGGAUAGGGCCGUGAGUGAGCGUUGGCAACGGUGGUUGCAAGAGCAGAACGAUCCAUUCAAGGAGCAAAGGACACACUCUUCCCGAGAUGACUCGGCCCCGGAGGAGAGGCGGAGGUCUGUCACAGAAGAGAAUGCGACACAGGAAUCCUCAGUUCGCCCCCAGCAGGACCACGGAGAAACGGAAGAGGAUUCCUAUUUUUCAGUCAUGGGGUCAGCUCGUCUGAACACCUCGCGAGAGACGUCCACAUCAACGCCGUCGACCCCGAGAAACUACUCCUCGACGAAGGAUCUCUCACCACAAGGUCUACCCCAAGGAUGGCGCGUCGUCGAGAAGGUGCAAGAACGAGAGGACGGCAAGGGAAACGUACACAUCACCAAGACUGUCACGACCUACAAUGAGAGUGGCGAGGAGGUUGGUAAGCAGACGGAGAGACAGUCCAACUACACUUGGUCGGCGAGCUUCUCGACCGGCGGCUACAAAAACAGGGACCGCGACCAGCGAGAGGACGACGGUAUUGACGAUAAGGGCAGCUGGUUCUGGAAAUGAAGCUGGAUAUUUUGGGUCUUCUAUGUUUUCACAUCAUGGCUUGAGGAGUUUCAUUGGGUUGUAACUGGGUUGGGAAACGAAUGGAAUUUGUAAGAAAACGCCGAACCAAGAGUUUCAUACGUGUACAGGUCGGGCGAAAGUUCAACUUUUUGGAAAGUCAAAUUCAAUGAGAACACAUUGUGCGACAAAUAAAUCUCUUCUGACCUAACAAGAUUCGCUACUCCGGC